AUGUUGCCGAGCACUUUUGGGUGUGUGACUCGUCCACCGAAAGUCUUAGCACUAGUACUAGUUCUAGUUUUCCUCGUGUGGACGUACUUUUCUGCCAGCUUCCUAUGUUCGAGCGGUUUCUGGGCUUUCUCCUCGCGCCUUAGCGCUGGAAGUAGCGACAAGCACGUUCUUUCUGCUGGUUUAUGCAGAUCGACGCUACUUGACACCGUUGAGAAUAUCAGUCGGAGUCACGUCGAACAAGCUCAGGGGUCGUCGUACCCAUACCUCUUUCCGCCAAUUAUUCACCAGAUUUGGCUGGGCAACCGUCCUUUCCCGAGUAGCUUCUCACGCAGUCAGGAGAGUUUCCGGACCAAAAAUCCAGAUAUGUACUAUGCGCUCUGGCGUGAUAAUGAUAUUGCGUGUUUAAUAAGGCGAUUCUAUCCUGUUUUGGCUCCGGUGUAUGCGAAGAUUACCCGGGUAGCGACCACUUCAGAUCUCGCGCGAUACCUGGUACUCUAUGUUUUCGGAGGUUUCUACUCAGAUACGGAUACGGUUUGUUUGCAGCCGAUCCGGAAAUGGCCCAUGCUCGAAGGAACGCAAGCUAUGGUCGGUCUAGAAGCGGAAUUCAGCCAUGUACCCAAUUGGCAAGACAUGAUUGUCGUCAGGCAGAUUCAGGUAUCCGUAUGGACAUUGGCCUCUACACCGCUUCAUCCACUGUUUGGUUCCGCGAUUCACGGUAUUUUCGUGAACUGUACACGUUUGUCUAGGGAGAAGCUCGAAGGAAUGGAUGUUAUGGAAGUCGCAGGCCCAGGGUAUUUCACUGAUACUGUGUUCCAUUAUAUGCACGCUUUUGGUGCUGGGUACGCGAAUCUUAGCGGUUUGUCGAGACCCACUCUGUUCGGGGAUCUGCUGGUUCAGCCUCUGCAUGUUUUUCGCUGGGAGGGUCGCGGCCCCGAAGAGGAGGCCUGUAUCCAACACUUAUUCGGUCAGUCUUGGCGCUGGCGGUGA